GGCGACCAGGGGGCGGGUGCGGAGGCGGCGGUGGCGGACGGGCUGCGCAGCCUGGCGGCCCUGCUGUGCUGCCGCCGCCCGCACCACCUGGCGGCGGCCGUACUGCAGUCCCUGGUCCAGGGCCUCAGCCGGGCCCGAGCCCUCCUGCUGGAGGUGGCGGCGGACAUAUCCGCAGCGCCCAAGCCGCCAGCCAGCACCUCCGCUGCGGCGCCCAGACCGCCCGGCGCGGCGGCGGCGGAGGCGGCCCGCAUCGCCACUGCGGCGGCGGAGGCACUGCCGUACCUGCCGGACGGUCUGUGGCUCACACCGCUGCAGCCCACCCUGUCCGGCGCCCUGACCGCUGCCUCCGAAGCCGCCUGGCAGGCGGGUGGGGGUGGCGGUGCGGGUCCGGGGGCCCCCUGCGUCCCCACGCAGGCGGUUGGCGAGC